AGACGUGAUUAAAUUGUUUCGUUAUUUUAUUGAUCAUAAAUCACUGUUCAAGAAUAACACCGCAUUUUCAAGAAAACACGCCCAUUAAACCUUUAUAUAUUCGUACGUGGCAGACGCACUCUGUUAUUCGCCCCAAAAACACCAUGAAUUUUUUAAUUUGGACAAUUUUUCUUACUGUUGUCUUCUCGUACAAGGGAUCGGCCCUUGAGUGUUAUUUUUGUAACCAAGGAUACCACGAAAUAACCCCGUGUACAAGAGUCGGACAACCCCGUGGUUUGACAAAAGUGUGCACUGGAAGAAACCCGAGGUGCGUUCAAUCGAUUGAAUGGUUCCAAAAUGGAAGUCUACAACUAGUGAAAAGAGAUUGUUCGGACGGUGACUACUGUAAACAUUUCAGCAAUAAAGUCGGCGUUUUAAAACAAUGCAAAACGUGCACGACGGAUUUAUGCAACAGUGACACGAUUUACGAGCCUCUUCCAACGAAAUGUCAGUAGUUUUGCCCUUGAAGGGAUUAAGUACUUAUUCUUAGUUAGUAGGGUGAUGUAAUAAGACAUUUUUAAUACAUAUGCAUAAUUGUAUUAAAAUACAAUAAUAUUAUGACAUAACUACAGACUUAAAUAAAGCCACAUAAUGAAAGUCCGACUGUAACGAAACGACAUAUUUAUCCAUAAAAAAAUAUCGCUUAGAGCAAAAAAAAAAUAUCUACAUAAUUGAACCUUCCAUAUCUACUGAAAGCACAUACACUUCGUUUUUUUGUUACAACUACAACACACAACUCGCUAUGAAUUUCUUACUAUUGGUAAUUUUCUUCACUGCUUUAACCCCACACUUGGAAUCAACACGCACUAUAGAAUGUUACCACUGUAACAUCGGCUACCACUCAAACACCCCCUGUACAAUAGUACGUCCCGGUAGCAAAUCAAAACCGUGCACCGGCCAAAAUCCGACGUGCGUUCAAUCCAUCGAGUGGUUCCAAAAUGGAAGUCUGCAAUUAUUGAAACGAGCUUGUUCCGACGGCGAUUAUUGUAAAAAUUUUAGCAACAAAGUCGGCGUUUUGAAACAAUGCAAAACGUGCCAGACGGAUUUAUGCAACGGUGAUCCUGUUUACGAACCUUAUCCGACGAAAUGUCAAUAAAGAUAAUAAGAAUGGUGAAGUCGUUUCAGUGGUUUUAAUGUGACCACACGCUAUGUUUACUAAAUAUUAUAAAUGCAUAUAUUUUUGUGUGUUUUGCUAUUAAAGGGUUUAAAUUGGUGACAU